GCCCAGCCACAGCCGCAGGCCCGCCGCAGGCCCAGCGCGCCACCAUGGUGCGACAGCGCCCGCGGCCGCGGGGACCGCUGCAGCAGCAGAGGCGGACCAGGCGGAACGCGGGCUGAGGCCGGGGCCUCCGGGUGGUGGGGCCUCCGGGUGGUGGGCUCGCGAACCCCCGCGUCCCCGAGCCCCGACUCCCCCUCCUUGCCGGACCAUGCGCGCCCCCAGCCGCCCCGGAGGCUGAGCCCGUCUGCCCGCGCCGCCGUCGCCCUCCCGGCUGCCCCGCCAUGGCCUUGCCGGGCGCCGAGGGCGCGGCUGACAGGCCGGUGUCCCCGGCCCGGGGCGCCCCCGCCGGCUCCGCGUCGUCGUCGUCCGCCUCCUCCGGCGGCUCGGCCUCCGCCUCGGCCUCGGCGGGCGCGGGGCUGUGGGCCGCGCUGUACGACUACGAGGCGCGCGGCGAGGACGAGCUGAGCCUGCGGCGCGGGCAGCUGGUGGAGGUGCUGUCGCAGGACGCCGCCGUGUCGGGCGACGAGGGCUGGUGGGCCGGCCAGGUGCAGCGGCGCCUCGGCAUCUUCCCCGCCAACUACGUGGCGCCGUGCCGCCCGGCCGCCCUCCCCGCGCCCCAGCCGCCGCCGCCGCGGCCCGGCUCGCCCGCGCACGUCGACUUCGAGCGGCUGGAGCUCCGAGAGCUCAUCGGCGCCGGCGGCUUCGGGCAGGUGUACCGCGCCACCUGGCAGGGCCGGGAGGUGGCGGUGAAGGCGGCGCGCCGCGACCCGGAGCAGGACGCGGCGACGGCGGCCGAGAGUGUGCGGCGGGAGGCGCGGCUCUUCGCCAUGCUGCGGCACCCCAACAUCAUCGAGCUGCGCGGCGUGUGCCUGCAGCAGCCGCACCUCUGCCUGGUGCUCGAGUUCGCCCGCGGCGGAGCGCUCAACCGCGCUCUGGCAGCCGCCAACGUCGCCCCGGAUCCCCGCGCGCCAGGCCCGCGCCGCGCGCGCCGCAUCCCCCCACACGUGCUGGUCAACUGGGCGGUGCAGAUCGCCCGCGGCAUGCUCUACCUGCACGAGGAGGCCGUCGUGUCCAUCCUGCACCGGGACCUCAAGUCCAGCAACAUUUUGCUGCUUGAGAAGAUAGAGCAUGAUGACUUCUGCAAUAAAACGUUGAAGAUUACAGAUUUUGGGCUGGCGAGAGAAUGGCACAGGACGACCAAGAUGAGUGCCGCGGGCACCUAUGCCUGGAUGGCGCCGGAAGUCAUCAAGUCUUCCCUGUUUUCUAAGGGGAGUGACAUCUGGAGCUAUGGAGUCCUGCUAUGGGAGCUGCUCACGGGAGAAGUCCCCUACCGUGGCAUCGACGGGCUCGCCGUGGCCUAUGGGGUGGCCGUCAAUAAGCUCACUUUGCCCAUUCCAUCCACCUGCCCGGAGCCGUUUGCCAAGCUCAUGAAAGAGUGCUGGCAGCAAGACCCCCACAUUCGUCCUUCAUUUGCCUUAAUUCUUGAACAGCUGACAGCUAUUGAAGGGACGGUUAUGACCGAAAUGCCUCAAGAAUCUUUUCAUUCCAUGCAAGAUGACUGGAAGCUGGAAAUUCAACAAAUGUUUGAUGAACUGAGAACAAAGGAGAAGGAGCUGCGGUCCCGAGAGGAGGAGCUGACCCGAGCCGCGCUGCAGCAGAAGUCCCAGGAGGCGCUGCUCAGGCGGCGGGAGCAGCAGCUGGCAGAGCGGGAGAUCGACGUGCUGGAGCGGGAGCUGAACAUUUUGAUAUUCCAGUUAAACCAGGAGAAGCCCAAUGUCAAGAAGAGGAAGGGAAAGUUCAGGAGAAGUCGGCUGAAGCUCAAAGACGGCCAUCGAAUCAGUUUACCCUCAGACUUCCAGCAUAAAAUCACCGUCCAGGCCUCUCCCAACUUGGACAAACGGAAGAGUGUGAACAGCAAUGGCUCCAGCCCACCCAGCAGCCCCACAGUGAUCCCUCGGCUCCGAGCGAUACAGUUGACUUCAGACGAAAGCAAUAAAACCUGGGGAAGGAACACAGUCAGUCGACAAGAAGAAUUUGAGGAUUUGAAAAAGAACUUCAGGAAAAAAGGUUGUACCUGGGGACCCAACUCAAUUCAAAUGAAAGAAAGAAGUGACAGCAAAGAAAGAAUACGACCUCUCUCAGACGGCAACAGCCCUUGGUCAGCUCUCUUAAUAAAGAAUCCGAAAACCACGCCGUUGGCUUCAUUAUUUGUGGACCAGCCAGGUGCUUCUGAAGAGCCAAAACUUUCCCCCGAUGGAUCAGAACACAGAAAACCAAAGCAAAUAAAAUCUCCUAGCCAAGCCUAUGUUGAUCUACCUCUUUGGAAAGAUGGCCAGAGAGAGGAUCCAGUAGAGCCAGGAAGCUGGGAGGAGGGCCCCUCUUCAAGCUCUGCUGCAAGCCCUCCUCAGGUGACCCCUACAAGUAGUCGGAGCAGGUCCCCCCAGAGGAAGAAGACGGAGUCUGCCCUGUACGGCUGCACCGUGCUGCUGGCGUCAGUCGCUCUGGGGCUGGAUAUCAGAGAGCUUCAUCAAGCACAGGCUGCCGGAGGACUGUUGCCCAAAGAAGAAAGGAAGAAACGUGAGGGGAUCUUCCAGUGGGCUCCCAAGUCCCGAGGUGGGGCCAGUCCUUCCACAAGACCACCAUCUAUGGGCGAGAGGGCCAGCAGCCCACCCUUACUCCCUCCACCAGGCGCCAUGAGCCUUCUCUCCGGGCCGUCUCUUUCCACCAGGUGCUUGCUGCAGACGGACAGCGCAGAUCUGUCUGAGGGCAGCCCACGCGUUGCUUCGGACCCUGAGAUGCCCGCUCCAGGUUUUUGUGUGGCCAUCGGAGGACGUAGUCAUGAGCCGACUUCCACGCCAAGACUUGAGACUGAUCGGAGUCCAUGGAAAAACCCAUCUCCUCCUUUCCUAGAGUGGACGUGCAGGAAUGUGCCUUAUUCUGCUUCUUCAAAAGAACGAGCAUCACAUCACAGACGAACCCUCUCCGAGGGAAAUGCUUGUCAGACCCCAACAGCUGCUGCGGGUGCAACUCUCAGCUCAGACCCCGGAGCCUCGGACCUGCCCCCGAAGUGGACUCUGGGAACGCCCCGGUGCUCCCCGCCAAGGGAGGCCCCGCUGGAAAAACAAAGAGCGGGCGCCCUGGUGCCCCCAUCUCGCCUGCCAACCUUCAGGAGCCGCUCAGACUCACAGCCCGCCGGGCAGGCACAGGUGCUCUCCGUCGGGCCGGGUCCGACUCCCCCCACCGCUUGUCCCCCCGGGGGGGGCGAGGACAGGACUACACCCCAUGUGCCUUCCCUCCUGGACGUCGACGCCCAAGGCCAGAGCAGGGACGGCCCGGUGCCUUUGGGCAGGAUGAUGAGCAGAGCCAGCCAGCCGUCCGUGCGGCAGCUGGAGGAGGAGUUUCUGUCUUAAGUGCCUUAUGUUCGAGCAUUUCUGUGUUUCGUUUUGUUUUUAAGGUGAACAAAUGAAAACAGUUUGAACUGUUAAAUGCUGCUGUGUUUUUGAAAGCUGUGGCCAUGUUCCUGAAGUAGUAAUGGAUGUCAGCCUUUCCGGAAAAAUGUAUGUGAUUGCUGUUAGCGGUCUGUCGUUUUUCGGCUCCUGGAAUCUUAGGUAGUAACUUGGAAUGUGCAAAACAAGUGUAAAUGAGUGUGAAACAAGAAACGUGCAGCAACGUAAAGCUAUGCUGGGUUCAGUUACCCGAAGCGUAGUUGUAAGGUUCUGUUGGUUCUCACCAGCAUCCCCCAAAACCCAGAUCGGAAUGAGGUGCGCCACGUUUGUCCAAAGCCCAGGUCGGAAUGAGAUGCGCCACGUUUGUCCAAAGCCCAGGUCGGAAUGAGGUGCGCCACGUUUGUCGCUCCUUUGUUUUCUCCCUGUUUGCCUUUCCUUCUUUCUUCCUUCCUUCCCUCCUUCCUUCCUUGGUUUUUUUUUUUUUUUUUUUUUUUUUUUUUUUGGUUUGUUUCUUUUGUUAUUUGUGCAACAAAAAGCCAAGAAUAAUGUGAUAUCAGUCAGUAAAGGUAUGUAUUUUGAAAAAAUUGAAGACUAGAAUAGAUGGUGAGCCCCACAGUGACACCCCUUGAACUGAGCCGAGGGCUUACGACGCAUGGAUACGUCAAGGCAUCACAAGGAUGACGCCUGUUUCUCUCUGAGGAAAUUUUACUGAAUGUAACUUGUAAACAUUUUACUGAAUGUAACUUCUAAACGUGUUAUCUAUCAGAACCCCAAAAUGGAUUUUUUAAAAUUUUAUUUAUUUGUCAGAGAGAAAGAGCACACGCAGGGGGAGCAGCAGGCAGAGGCAGAGGGAGAAGCGGGGUGACCAAGAAGCCCGAUGUGGGGCUCCAUCCCUGGACCCUGGGAUCAUGACCUGAGCCGAAGGCAGAUGCUUAACCGACUGAGCCACCCAGGCGUCCCCCAAAACGGAUCUUUGAAAGGUCAGUCAGUCAGUCAUGGGCAUUUGGCUAAGACCACAUCAUGUCCCCCUGAGCAAGGCUAAUCGGUAGGUUCUUCCUAUAGAAUCGGUUCUUGUUUCAUCAGGAGCCACUUACUCAGUCUCCAGACUAAAAAUCUUUUUCAUUUUAUAGUAGGAUUUUUAAAAAUUAAGUGACGUAGGUAUUCAUUGUAAACAGUCCUGUCAUUCCAUUUUAUUUUUCUCUAUAUAAAUGUGUAAUUAUUCUGAUAACCCCAAAUACCGUUAGAAACACUGCCAAAUCAAGAAACAGUGACACUGUUAGAAUUCAAGUGUUUUGUAGUUAUCUUCAUGCUUCAGUAAACUGUGGAAAACUGUUAGACAUCUGCUAAGAUAAGUUGACAUGGUGGAAAUGACAAAUAUGGAUUACUUUCAGAUACAGAUUUUAAAUGGAUUUGAGGUAGCAGAUCAGGAUUUGAAAUGAUUUGAAAUGAUUUUAUGAGUUAUUUUAUAAAAUCACACCUCUAUGAUACAAAUAGACUACUGAGUUAUUAAACUACAGAAAUGCUAUCCAGGAGCUUACAAAUUUGUCUGAACUCUUCUGCUUCCCUUCUGCCACUAAAAUGUGGUUAUUUUGGAUGACAAUAAAUACUUAACAUUUGGCGUACAAGGAAAAACUAAAUUGCAAACAUCACUUGACAUUUCAUUUAAAGCUUUACCUUAGUUAAGGUUUCCUGAAUAACUGAAGUGUCAGCGAUUUAAAUCAGCUGUGAUAAAACGCCCACCUGUAGCAGAAACAAGAAAAUGAUACUCUUUGGCCACUCGACACAUCCAGUGACUUGGCAGGUAUAACCCCGCAAAUAGUGAACAGAGCACUGAAAGGAUUCGAUCAACAUGAGUGCGUUCUACCCCAGGGAAAACAGUCCUGGGUUUAAAAUUCUUGCAGCAAAAUCUCAGGUACUUCACUUUGUUUUGUCGUAUUACGGAUUCUGUUCUAGGGCUUGGCUUCACUUUCGGGAGAUUGUUAAAGUACGAAAUCAAAAUCUGAUUUCCUCAAAAUUGUAUCACAUUUGAAACUAUGGCUGGCCGCUUCAUUCUAUGUUCAGUCAUUUGGGGGCAUGUAUUUCCUGCUAAAAGUAAAGGAAAUAUAUGCCUAAAAUAGCAAGUAAAAGAAGUAUAGAAACUCAGUUUCACUUCUGCCAAAACAUUAUGUGUGUGUGUGUGUGUGUGUGUGUAUGUGAGUAGGGGUGGGGGGUAGCUGUGGGUGUUCAUCUGUCUUCUCCCUCUGCCCUGUUCCUGCUCCCCCGUAGCUCUGUUUCAGUCCACUGCACAUUAUGAUGAAUUUAGAAAUGAAACUACAUUAAAAAGAUAAUUGCAAUACCAGGAUUCAAUCUCGCAUUCCAGCAGAUUGUUGUUUUUUGCUGAGAUCUGUUGUAUAUUUGUGAUUUUCUAUGUGUGCUAGGAUGUUUAGCAGAAUCUGGCUAUUUAUUUUCAUGUAGACUUACUAGCUCGUUGAAAGAGAAAUUAAGCUGAUUACCAUUAGUCAACAUUGAAGGUGCUCCCACUGCAGAAACUUAAGGCCUGAGCCUGUUAUGCUGUAUUAUGAAGCCUUGUGACUGAAAAAGAUGUUUACAUAUGUUGUCUAUUUUUUUAAUAAACUUUUUUUUAUAGCUAG